AUUGUUGCUGCUACCAUUGCCAUCAUCUUCACUCCUAGUUUUCAACUAAUGAUACGGACUUUUGCUUUCACAAACAGGAGAGACAGUUUUAUAACACACAGGGCCUUCUGUGAUGCCUUAGCUGAAGAGACCGCAAGAGUUUCUGCAGCAUCCAGCAUCAACAACAUGGCUCCGAUGAGCGAAGCCAAUUAUCUUUUCACUGGCGGUUCGGGGAGAUCUAAUAUGCUGCAGAGCUUCUCCUCCAAUAUUGAGCCUAAUAUAUCCAACUGCGAGGCCAAUGAUCAGGCUAGACCCGGGCUUUCGUUGUGGAUGGGCCAUGGCAUUCAAAGCGGUGAGCCCUUAAGCAGCACUCCCACCCUCUCAGAUAUCAAUCAAAUUGGACCGGUGGGUGCCGGAACCUUGUAUGGCGAUCUCUUCACUUCAUGUUCAAAUGCGCAGCAACUCAACACCCAGUUAAGUUGGAUGUGCGGCAACAAGCUCUGGCCUACAAGCACUUGUGAGCUAACGGGCACCUCAAUUCCAACAACCCCCAUGAAGGAGGUCGGCUGCUCGCGGUCUCUCCUCACAAGCAUUCCUUCCUUGUUUAGCACUCAGCAUCAGCAACAUCAAGCACCAGUAUCGGAUAUGUCUGCGACGGCAUUGUUGCAAAAAGCCGCACUAAUUGGUGUGACUCCCACCAUUCCAUUUAGAGGGAGUUCCGGGCCAUUGAAAUGCCAAGACACUCAGAUCGAAGAUGCUGGCAAAAAUGAUGGAUUUUUCAAUUCAAACCAACUAAGCAAUCUAGAGAACAUUGUAAAUGGUUUCACAGCAUCAAACGGUAUGCUCAUCGAAAGACACCGCAGCUCUCUAAUGGAUGAUCUGAAAGGAGGAGGAGAGACCAAGGAUUUCUUAGGUGUUGGGGUGCAGACUCUCUGUCCCUCAUUAAUCAAUGGAUGGAUCUGAGACUUGUUAGGCUCGUAUGUUACGAACUUACCCAUGGAAAGCAUAUAGCUGUUAAGGGAAAAGGAAUUAGUAUGGAGAACUAACACUCCUGCAAAUUUUGCAAGAAAGAAAAGGUUGUAUUGUUGCUUGAUGGGAACUGAUGGAUGUGUUCAGAGAGCCUAUAUGCAUUUCAAAGUGACAGUAAGAGAUCCAUGCAUAUUCUUCAAAGACCCUGAAAAGCACAGUUCUAUGGUGCUGCUUUAGUUUUGGAAAGAGUGAGUGGUAGGGCAGGCAAAAAGAAAGAGCACCAUCUUCUUAGCUUUAUUAUUGCAUUUCAUCUCUUUUGGUGUGGUUAUCUGUUUAAGCUGGAUUUUAUUAAUUUUAGUGU